ACGCGGUGUUUUUAUCACUCAGAUUUGAGAUUUUAUUUGUUGAUUUAAAAAUAUUUUUUUAAUUAUUUAAAAUCUAAAUCAUUUUGUUUUUUCUAUUUUUUUCAUGUCAAGUUAAUCUUUAGAGUUUGACUGAAAAUGUAAACAAGCUGCUCGAGACAUCACUUCCUUCGAUAGAAUCUUUACUGUGGCUCAAAAAUGAGUAUACGUAUUUGUUCGAGAACAUUCAUCUGCAAAACCUUACAAUCAACUUUUCGUCAAAUAUCCAGACGAAAUUAUGCCCAACGAUACAAUGUCAUCGUGGAAACAUCUAGUUUGAAAUUUCCAGCACCUGGUUUUCGUUUGGCAUCUCAAUGGCCCGAAAGAAUCGCCAUAACUGAUCAGUUUGGAGACUACUCCUAUAGAAAUGUCUUCAACGGCAGUAAAACGCUGGCCGAUACUUUAACCGAAGCCUUAGAAGAAAAGGUUCAAGAAAGAGUAUCAUUUUUGUGCAAAAACGAUGCUUCUUAUAUUAUGACGUUAUGGGCUUGCUGGAUGACUGGGCAAAUAGGUGUUCCUUUGAAUCCUCAUCAUCCGGACGAAAUGUUGGAAUACUUUUUAUUGGAUAGCGAAACCAGUGUUCUAGUUACCACAAAUGAAUACGCUGAAAGAUGCCAGAAAAUAUGCGAAAAAACCGGAGUCCGGAUGGUAAUUUUUGAUGAGAAUAUUAGAAACAGUGCUAUAAUCACAGCCGAAGAGAAUGAAAAAAGGAAGUUUGAAAGCUUGCCUAGUUUGAAAGCAGGUCUUAAUCCUAAUCUUUAUUCUAAAUUAGAUGCUCUUAUCAUUUAUACAUCUGGAUCAACAGCUAUGCCAAAAGGUGUUGUUUUAAGUCAUGCAAAUCUUCACGCACAAGUCAACGCAAUGAUUCGAGCUUGGGAAUGGACUUCGAAAGAUAGUAUUCUACAUGCUCUUCCUCUACAUCACGUUCACGGUCUCACCAAUGCUUUACUAACUCCUUUGCAAUGCGGAGCAAGAUGUGUCAUGUUACCAAAAUUCGAAGCUAGAAAAGUAUGGAAUUAUUUACUAGCGGUUAAAAUCGGCGCCUUUAGACGUAUAACUGUGUUCACCGGUGUACCAACGAUGUACGUGAAAUUAAUCGAAGAAUACGAGAAAUCUCUCAAUACAUCGGACCGAGUCGUUAGCUAUGUAAAAGCGUCAUGUUCGCAGAAAAUUAGACUAAUGAUGUGCGGUUCGGCUCCAUUACCCGAACCAAUAUUCGAAAAAUGGGAACAUAUCACCGGUCAUCGUUUAUUAGAGCGUUAUGGAAUGAGCGAGAUGAACAUGGCGUUGAGUAAUCCAUUACACGGUGAACGUAGACCAGGUUUCGUUGGUACUCCUUUACCCGGUGUCAACGUAAGAAUAUGGGAUAAAGAUAAUGUUCUAGUCCAAGGAAAUGAAUUCGGUACCAAAAUAGUAACUAGUGAUAAUAUUUCUCCUAAAGAUAGCAAAUACGUUGGUGAGCUGCAAACCAAAGGAGAAAAUGUGUUCAAGCAGUAUUGGAAAAAACCUGAUGUUACUGCCGAAGUAUUUACCAAAGAUGGAUGGUUCAGAACAGGUGAUACUGCUCAAUAUAUUGAUGGUGGAUAUAAAAUCCUCGGCAGGUCUUCCGUAGAUAUUAUCAAAAGUGGUGGAUAUAAAAUAAGUGCUCUGUUCGUUGAAACCAUUUUAUUGCAACAUCCUAAUAUUAAAGAUAUUGCUGUAGUUGGGUUACCGGAUUCAACUUGGGGUCAACAAGUUGCUGCUGUGAUCGUUUCAGACGGUAGCGAACCAAUUACGGUGACAUCUUUGAAAGAGUGGGCUAAAAGUAAGUUACCUUCGUAUUCGAUUCCUGUGGCUGUGAAAAUAGUACCCGAAAUACCUCGCAAUUUAAUGGGAAAAGUGAACAAAAAAGAGUUGCUGGCCAAAAUGUUUCCUCUAUGAGAUGCAUAUUUUGGUUUAUCGCAUCGGUUGCUGAUAAAUUCUUCAAUUUGUUUAUUGUCUAGCCAAUGACCUCCAGACGGGUUUCUUUAAUGGGCGAGGUAAUUUUCCAUUUAUUUUUAAAGAUUAGAUAAAAAUUGGGUUCGUGGGGGAAUGUACACGAAAAAUGACUAUUCUCAAUAAUAAAAAUACGUAACAAGCAUAAA